AUGCACACUAUCACGCAGGUCAUGACUAUGCGCCGCGCCCAAUCAACGCCAUACAACCUCAGAACAUCCCCAUCUCGCACACCGAAGGGCAACAGCUUCGCUUCUUCGACAGGAUUUAACGGUGUCAUAAGUCCGAGCAUUGGCAUCAAGAGGAAAAGAGGAAGUCACUUUAGUGACAGCAGCAAUUCCAGCGACGACGAGGAUACAAAAGUCACCAAACGGAUCCGCCGUGCGCUUCGGACAGGCAACGGUAGCCACCCCACCGACGGCGAGCGAGAGAAAUCAACGUUACGGACUCGCCGUGCGCAUCGAAUAAGCAACAGAGAGAAAUCUACCGAUGGCGAUAAUGAGAUAGCGAUGAAACGUGUCCGCCGAGCACAUCAUAGAGGCGAAAUCGUGCUCCCCUCUCCCAACCGCCGCCUCCUCGACCUCCCCACCCCAUGCCCCUCAAAACUCCUCCGCCACGACUUCACAGCCGGCGGCAUCCCUCCCGACGACCUCAUCGGCCCAGACAUCCGCUUCCUAUGGAAUCACUACGAACAGCCUUUCGUCAGCGAGGACAUGUUCGACCCCGUGCUUGGGCUCUGGUGGGAGAAUGUCAAAGUGCUACCGCUCCCUGAGGAUGAAGGGAGUUUUGCGACGGUGGCUUAUGACGAGCAGGUCCAGGGCUGGAGUCUAUUGUUGAAGCGGUACUGUGGUCGACCUGUGAGUCCUGUGCAUAGACUCGAGCCGCAGGAGAUGACGUAUAGAGAGUGGGAGGAGUUCGCGAGGCCGGUGGGGUUGCUGUUGGAGGCGGUCGAGGGGGUGGAGAGUGUUUAUGAUGCUGUUAGGGGGAAGUGA